CUUCACAAUUUGUUAGUGGCAACUUUCGGUAGCCGACGGACCGUCCCAAUCGUCUGCCCCGUUCGAGUGCGCUGCUGGUCAGCUGCAAAUUAUGCAAAUUUGGCAAUCGGAAAAGACGAUGCACCAUUAAAGGACCAUUAGGUGUAGACACAAUAACCCCCUUGCGCUGUGUGCCUGCCUGCGUGUGUGUAUGUGUGUGUGUGCGCUGAAAACGUACGUCCCCGCCGCACACACACCCACCGAAUUGCUCUAGGCGUGGUCUGAGUGCGAAAAGACAAACCUCGAAUGUGGUUUGGUGGUGUGCAGUGGGUGAAACUGUGGAAUGGAAUGACCGUGUGUGUAUGUGUGUGCAUGUGUAUGUGCCCGUAGUGGAGCGAUAGUUUUCUGUGCAAAGAGAGAAAUGUUCGAAAAAAGUGGAAGGUUCGGCCAAGCUAGAGCAUACCCUUAAAUCCGCCCUACCCGACCGGAAGUGACAGGCGUGCGCGUACCAUCUCGUGAUCAUCAUCAUCAUCAUCACCCUCAGCUUCGUCAGCAUCGACAUCACUCCACACGCCCCAACACACACACUCGGUGCUGAGGGGGUUUGCUUUUUGCGGAGUAGUUGUGUUGUGUUCGACAAUAAUAACCGCACCACCCAGAGCGCGCGUCGCCCUCGAGUUCGAGUUCGGUUGGAGGAUUCGAUUUAAGGGAAGCGAGCAUCCAGCGAAAGGAUAUGUGUGCGCUCCAGUAUCAAUCGUAGAUGAUGAUCGCAUCCGUCUGGUUUGCGCUGAUGAUGCGUCAAGCGACGAUCGGCUGUGUGUAAUGUCGUGAACAAGGAGAAGAGGGACGACGAGUGGCGCACAAAAAAAGCAAUAGGAAAGGUGGUGCUAGCUGUGUCACUCCGUGCGCGUGCGGUGCGUGUUUUUAAUGUGUUUAAUGUGUCAAGAAAAACGGUUGCUACGGGAGUGGGCAUUGUGUGUGAAAGUGUGUCUAGAAACGGCCAACUGCGCCAGCAGGUCCCUUGCGUACGGUGGAAGGAGGGGCCGCGUGUGCGUAGUGUGAAGUGCGAUUGCCACGCGGAAGCGAGCAAAGUGCGCGCACCGGCCGGUGUGCAGGGUGUGAGCAAUAGUCGUUUGUGUGUGUGUACGUGUGUUUGUGUGUGUGUGUGUGUGGAAAACGGAAGCGGGGGCGUCCAUUCGCGUAACGCGAGUGGCGACAGCGGGCAGCGACGAUGAGGCCCGGAAGCCUGAAAGACCCCGAGAUAGCGGAACUGUUCAACAAACAUGAUCCGGAAAAGAUAUUCGAAGAUUUGCGCGAGAUCGGGCACGGCUCGUUCGGUGCGGUGUACUACGCGAAAUGCAACCUUACGCCCGAGAUCGUCGCGAUCAAGAAGAUGUCCUACAUGGGCAAGCAGAGCAUGGAGAAAUGGCAGGAUAUCCUGAAGGAGAUCCGGUUCCUGCGGCAGCUCAACCAUCCGAACACGAUCGAGUACAAGGGCUGCUAUCUGCACGAAAACACGGCCUGGCUGGUGAUGGAGUACUGUGUCGGGUCGGCCUCGGACAUCAUCGAGGUGCACAAGCGCCCGCUCAAGGAGGACGAAAUCUCGGCCAUCUGUGACGGCGUGCUGCGCGGGUUAAGCUAUCUGCACAGUCUCGGACGCAUUCACCGGGACAUCAAAGCGGGCAACAUUCUGCUCACCGAGCAGGGUAUCGUGAAGCUGGCCGAUUUCGGCAGCGCUGCUAUCAAGUGCCCGGCCAACAGCUUCGUCGGUACGCCCUACUGGAUGGCACCGGAAGUGAUACUGGCGAUGGACGAGGGCCAAUACGAUGGCAAGGUGGACGUGUGGUCGCUCGGCAUCACCUGUAUCGAGCUGGCCGAACGGAAGCCGCCGUACUUCAACAUGAACGCCAUGUCGGCGCUGUACCACAUCGCGCAGAACGAUGCACCGUCGCUGCAGGCGCAGGAGUGGUCGGACAUGUUUCGGAACUUUGUCGACUUUUGUCUGAAAAAGUCACCGAUCGAUCGGCCGACGUCGACGCAGCUGCUGAAGCACACGUUGGUCACCAGGGCACGAUCGCCGAACGUGCUAAUUGAUUUGAUCGCCAGAACGAAGGCCGCUGUACGAGAGCUGGACAAUCUGAACUACAGAAAGAUGAAGAAAAUCUUGAUGGUGGACUGUGAGACGGAGAGCAACAUAGGCGACGCGGAGGAUACGCCCGACGAGCAGAUCGGAGGCGACAGUAGCAAGAGCAACAGCAUUACCUCCGAACACUCACUGCCAUCGGUGGAUCAGCAGCAGCAGCAGCAGCUGCACCAGCAGCACGGCGUCGGCAGCGGUUUGAUGCGAAACUCGUCCCGAUCCCGGCCCGCCAAUGCGAUGUCGGCGAUGCAUAACAACUCGGCCGGCGGCAACGCCCGGGACAGCAUGCUGUCGAACGUGAUGAUGGCCGGCAUCAGCGGUGGCAGCGGUUCGGGCAGCGGCAUGAUGAUGGCGAGCGGUAUGGGCGGGGGCGGCAGCGUCGGCAUGGGCACGAGCGGUAUGCAGAGUGCGGGUGCGGCCGGUGGACAGGCGAACAUGGGCGCUAGCAUGGGCUACCACCAUCACAACUCCUCUAGUCCGGUUGUGUCGGCCCACCAUCACCCGCAGCACAAUCACAACCACGUGUCGCAGGUGGCGGCCAAUGCCGUGGCAGAACACGGUGCCAACAAUUUCGCCACCAUCCGCACGACCAGUAUUGUGACGAAGCAGCAGAAGGAGCACAUGCAGGAGGAAAUGCACGAGCAAAUGUCGGGCUACAAGCGUAUGCGACGGGAGCACCAGGCCGCACUGGUGAAGCUGGAGGAGAAGUGCAAGGUGGAGAUGGAGCAGCACAAGUCCGCCCUGGACAAGGAGUACGAUCUGUUGCUGCAUAAUUUUACACGGGAGCUAGACAAACAAUCUGCAAAACAUCAGCAGGAAAUUGUGCGAAGGGUUAAGCAGAAUGACACGGCAGAGAAGAAGCUGCACAAGGAAAUAGCGACCAGACAGGAGGGCGAUCGGAAGGCGUUCGAAAUCCAUCGAAAGAAGGAGUACAAGGCGAACAAGGAGCGCUGGAAGCGGGAGCUGUCUAUGGAUGACACGACGCCCAAGCGUCAGCGCGAUGCAACCUUGCAAACGCAAAAGGACAACCUCAAGCUGGCGGAAGCACAGGAGGAACAGCGAUUGCUGCGGGUACAGAAGACGUACAUCGAGCUGGAGAUGCGAAAGUUCCGCAGGAAAAAGAUGGGCCUCCUGCACGACCUCGAGGAUCAACUGUUACGAGACGAGCUCAGUAAGAAGCAGCAGCAACUAGAGCAAGCUCAUGCCAUGCUUAUUAAACACCACGAAAAAACACAAGAUCUCGAGUACCGCCAGCAGAAGAGCGUACAUGCACUCAGAGAGGAGCAGAUAUCAAAGCAGCAUGAAAGCGAGCUGCGAAACCAAAAUGAGUACAUGGACCGGGCCGAGCGAGAGUUGUUACGAAGACACGCACUCGAAUUGAAACAGCAACCAAAGAGCCUGAAGCAAAAAGAACUCCAGAUUAGGAAACAGUUUCGUGAAACGUGUAAAACACAAACAAUCCAGUACAAGGCACUGAAGCGGCAGAUACUGCAGACAACACCUAAGGAAGAUCAAAAGGCUGUGAUAAAGCAACUAAAGGAAGAGCAACAUCGUAAGUUAACACUACUGGGCGAUCAGUACGAACAAAGUAUUGCCGACAUGCUGCAGAAGCAGAGCCUUCGUUUGGACGAAAGCCAGGAAGUGGAGUGCCACCAGCUGAAGGACCGGCUCCAGUACGAGCUGGACAUACUGACCGCCUACCAGAGCAAAAAUCGCAUGCAGGCGCAAGCGCAGCGCGACCGCGAGCGCAAGGAGCUGGAGGACCGUGUCAGUGUGCGACGGGCACUGCUGGAGAGCAAGAUGGAAACGGAACUGCAGCAGUUCAAUCAGGAGCGUGCCGAACGAAUCCGCCAGCUGAAGGAGAAGCACGACAAGCAGCUUGAGGCAUUUGAUGAAGAGUCAGCCCGCAUGGGCUUCAGUGCACUGGCCUUAGCGGAAGCAUCGAAGGAGACGUACCCGGACGAGGAGGCCAGCCUGUCCGGGUCGAUGCUGAGCCUGGCGCACAGUAACAGUUCCACCAGCUUCCCGGCUGGAUCUCUAUAGCAUAAGUCCACCAGAUGGAUGACCCUGUCGAGUCAGCAUUCGAUGUAAGAGGAAACCGGCGUGGCCGCCUCUCCAGACACCUGGUAGGGGUUGGGUAGGACAUUUGGAAAACCAGUGCGAGCGAUCCAGCGGCGCUCUUCUGCACUAAAUUCCGUGUCACUGUGUACGUGAGUGCGCGUGUGUGUGACGCACGCAAUUCUCGCACCUAAUGGAUAGCGCGGGGAAACGAUUCUGAGAUUGUGCCGAGAUCGUAGUGAGGGGGGAUCAGCAAAUUCAGCAUAAUAAUGAUAAGCAGGGCCAGACGGAUUAGUAGACUGAUAGAACGAUGAUCAAUUUGGAAUUACGGUACUCGGGGUUCGGGUAGACGACGAUGAGUGUUCGAUGCAAUAGACAUGUGUGGGCUAAUAUAAUGUAGGGGGUGGUUCCGCGCGGCGCCGCGCGUUGCCACACACGCUGCGCUGGUGGUGUUGUUUCUAACGUCUUGAUAAAUGUACUCGUAUGUUUUAUGAUGGUAUGGUUUUUCCCCCUCCCUUGUUCUGUGUUACCAUGCGCUCUAAAGGCACCCAAUAUUCGGUUUCAGCUUUAAUAAUUGUAUAUUAAGACGACAGUGCUAACUAACUACUACCACUUCCGCGGCAAACUGACCAAUUUCAUUUGCCGGUUUUUGUUUCUUCGCAUCGCCGGGUUCGCAGCAAACCGACUGGAAUGAUAGGUUGGUUGCCUUCGGUUUGGCUAAAUUGUUGAGUAUCGGGAGAAAUAGGGCAUCGGGUACGUUUUGGAACACAUUCAGUUCGUAACUGCAACAUUUGCAAACGGUCGUACUAGUAAAUUAACACGUUUUUUUUACACUAUCGGAAGCGUCCGUUGUGAUCCAAUCAACCCCGGGAAGCAAUUAAUCUAGCACCUUACACCAACACAUACACACACACGCGUUUUAGUUAAUGCUUUCGCACGUGCGCUAUUUCGCUGAACCUACCGCCGAAAGAAUGUCUAGUCAACGUGCGAUUGAAAAACACAACACAGCUUGAAGCGCGUUAAUCGAUUUUCAAACUAAACCAUACAAUCUAAACAAAGUAAAGUAAAGCCACACCCAGCAGCGCAACGAAAUGGAAUUUUAAACUAAAAAUACUCAAAACUACUAUCCUAUUUGCUUACGAAAGGAAAGGACGACCGACCGAUCGAUUGAGCGAAAAGGUCGUGAUUGUGUUGGGGUGAAUUAAUAUUGUUGACUAAAUAAUUUGAACCUGUUUUUCCGUUGCUUUUCGAAACAAAAAGAAACGCUGACGGUUUCCCUGCUUUUUUGUGCCGAAGCUUGGAGAGCAUGGGGUUGUAAUUGUAAUAUAGGAAGAAGAGAGAAAAAAAAACACACAUUUACACUUUAUUAGCUUUCUUUAUUGGACUCUACGACUGAGAAUGUGAUCGCGGUUUAAGCAAAAAACGAAACAAAAAGCGAAGAGGGGGAAAAGCUACAAAUUCUGUUAGGUGUAAAUUUGAGUUGUUUUGUAAAUUCCAAACCACCACCACCACCACCGCCGCUAAUUACAAUUGGGGGUGCUAGACGAUUGUGUCUAGGCGCAAAACAAAAAGCGAUAAAGCCACCAAACAACGCCACCUCGGGGAGUGAAGGGAAUGGAGAAGUAUAUUAUUAAAUUUGCGCGUGUGUGUGUAUGUGUGGGUUGGGUGGAAUUUUGUUUUAACAAAAAGUUGUUUUUUUUUUGCUCUUUUACUUCUAAUUCGGCCGUACCACCCACAUUCGUUAUGUAUGCGUUAAGUUUAUUUCUCUAUUGUUUAAAGCCUUGCUGUGACUCUCGAACGGGCGGCGGAGGGGGUGUAUUAGACAAAACAUUUUACUACAAAAAGGCCAAAGCGUACACAAAGUCUUGGCUUUUAUUCGAAAAUGAAGCUUCAAUGGGGUAGUUUUGCAUCAAAGUAAUGAAACAAAAGCGUCGGAAGAGUAAGUUUGUGUGAAGCGACGGACAGGGAAGUCGGUCCAUGGUUCCGAUUGAGUUUCCCAGCAAGGCGAGUUUAGUGUAGUUAGCGUUCAGUGUACUAAGAUAUUACUAAACCGACUCAACGAACUGUUCAAUCACCACCAUCACACAAUCUAGCCGCACUAAAAAAGGAAGAAAAAAAAACAAGGUCAGUAGAAUCAGCGCGAACAGGAAUUGCAAUGUCCCCCCCUGGAAACAUACACAACAGAACACGUGUUUUAAUUUGCAUCGAUAUAAUAUACUUCCUUACCACAACCUCUUGCUUAUGUUGUUCCACAAAACAGAGCAGGAAUGCAACACAGUGAGGAAGGAGGUAGCUGCUUUCAUUGUGCGCCGAGAAAGUAAAGCAUUGCGGUUCGAAGGCAGGCGGCAUAUUCAAUUAUAAAUAGAUAACACAAAACGAAGCAGAGAAAAAAAAAGCAACAUCCUUAUUAGGUAUAUGUAAUUGUGGCAAAUGUCGUCAGAAUGAUGUCGUACGGUGAGGCCCUAUCGGCGCACGAGAAGGAAGGGAAGCAUGAUGGGGAAAGGUGUAGGCGCAGGAUGGAAGCACGAAGAAGCUGCGGGGCCCCCAAACCAAUCGGUGCAUUUAUAAGAUUUACCGAGGCCGAAACUGAAAUUAUAGUAAACAUUAUAAUCAUCCUCUCUUAUCCCAAUUUAUAACACGAUAAGCACACGGCAGCACACGCUGUCGCUCGCGCGCCGCCUUGGCAGAGAUCUGAUAUCGCGCAGAACAGAACAGUCAGCAGGAAAAAGGGGGCAGUAGGGGAAGAAAAAGUACAGCGAAGAGACAAAGCAAAUAAGUGUAAAGCGCGCGCGCGCGUAUGGUACGGCACGGUGAAUCCUUUAGACAAUAUAACAUAAUAUACCAUACAAAGGCCGGCCAAAGUGAGGGGAAACAGUGAAGAUACCAGGGCUGGCUGGCGGUUUAAAAUCGGGAGGCUAGUUGCAAGAGGCAGAUAAGUACUAAUUUACUGAAUUAAUGUCGCUUAGAAAGGUUAAGGAGAGUGUGUUCGUGGGGGGUUACCUUCUCUUAUCGGGCACAUACGGGCACAUCUUACUACAAUUAUCACAUCCCACUAGAAAGGUUCUUCUUGCCUCUGGUAACCAUUAUCCUUUUGUAUCUAUCGUUCCGUACCGGGGCCGAACUUCUAAUCUGCUUGCAAUAGCACUCGAAUACGGUGUGCCAAUCACAUGAUAUGGUGCGCGCCACAUUAUCUUUCUAUCCACCUACAAAAAUCACCGUUAAAGCGGAUAAACGGUAACCCAAUCCCCAUGCAAAGCCAUUUGGUUCCUAUUUAUGUACUCUCUACGUUCUUCCUGUAAGAUAAUAAAAAGGGAUAAUCAAAAUCGAACAAUUGGCUAGGGAACUGUAACGAACGAGAGCGAGAAAGAGAGAGAAAGAAGGGGCGAUAAUCCAACCUCCAGCAGCAACAGCAACCGUUCAGUAGAGAAAUUUCCCAGUCAUCUUUCUUCGGCUUUGUUGCGGGCUCAGGCCAAAAGGAAGCCAAACAAUCAAUAACAAUCCCCCCUCCCUCCCCCCAGUAGACAGGAGAGCGGUGUUGUAGGGCACAAUGCGUGUAGAUCGUAGGCAGGAGAACCGGAUGAUCAUUCAAACCAGGAUAAGAUCAUCGGCGAUCGUGUUUGUGUGUGUGUGUGUUAGCAACAGAAGGAUAAUGGUGCGUGUGUUGUAGCGAAAAGAGGGGGGGAAACAACAUAUUAACACUUUAAAUAAGUAAACACAAAUAAUCAACUUUACGAUAUCGCGCUGGAUGAUUAGACGAAAGUAUGAGAGAGAGAAAGUAAUGGGUGUGAAUAGAUCGCCGCUAGGUUUUAUUAAUUAGACUUCAAUGCUUUAGCGAACAAAACAAAUAGCGUGAAAGGCCGAGAAGGGAAAGGAUAGGGAGGGAAAUAAUAGCCGGAUGAAGGGAUGUAGCUAAAGACAGAGGGAAGGCAAAAGGCGGCGACAAGAAGGAUGGUAAUAGGGCGCGCAAUCUGUAUGUGUGUGUGAGUGUGUGUGUGUGUGAGUGAUGGAUAUUUAAAACAAACGGUUAGAAAUCUGCCUCGAACGGAAACCUUUUACCGCAAGCCGGCAGCACAAGUGGGUAGUUGAUGCUGCUGCUGUUACUGCUGCUGCUGCUACUGCUGCUGCUCCAGCAAGCGCAAACAGAGGCAAACAACACAAACCAUAAUAAUUAGAAGCAAAUAAACAAUCUAAUAAAAUUUAAAAAAAGAAGCAAAAAACAAAUAAGCAAAGCAAAACAAAACCAGUAGUAGCAGCGACAUCUCUUUAGCGUUUAAUACAAACAACAACACACAGUGGAAAAGGAAUAGAGAAGAAGAAGAAAAGGAAAACGAUAAAUAAAAUACGUACUACUACUACGCUUCUGAUGACGCUCUUUAUAUAAUGAUAGCAUAGUAUACACAUACCUAUGAAAUGCUGGCCCCCUACACCAUGGCGUCGGGAUUGGGAGGGAGAGUAGAUACGGACGCGAAUUAACCAAAAGCAUGCAAUUUAUGGUGCAUUCAAAGCUGGUGCACCGCGCUACGCAGCUAAUGAAUGCUCUGUAGGAGCAACGAUUUUUUUUAAGUAAUUAUUUUUCACUUCUGCUACUACAACGUUAUCAAAUCAAUUGUGGAUUCAUUUUUUCGAGACACUCUCUACACAAACCAUAAAUCACUAACACACACACACACACGUUAGCUAGCUCUACACACUUAGCGCUACAUACUCUACAAGCAUACACCCAUGCAUAUGUACUUUCUUAUUGCAUUUUGCUUCAAGCGCAGUACGAAUUUUGCACCGCCUGCCUCUCUGUCACUGUGUAAAUGUGUGUAGUAACUGCAACAAGUUGUAAACGAUUUUACCUAAGCCAGACGCUACGCGAAGUAGUAGGCCAUGUGGAGGAAACAUGACCGGGUAGGACCAGUUGCUUCGCCAAACACACACUGCUGCUGCUGCUGCUGCUUUGUGUAAGAACAGAUAGCGAACCAGGACGAAGACAGUUAAUGGUGGCUUAGAAGGGAGUGAAAGGUAAAUCGUAGUUUAAGCGCAACGAAUAUUACCACGACAUGUCGACGUGGAGCAGCAUCAUCUCGAAUAAUUGGGCGGAAGAAAAGGCGUAAAAUUAAAAGAAGGACCGUUAGGCAUACAAAAAGCAAGGAAAAGUAGAUAAUCCUCUCUGUUCGAUUGCUUGCCUGCCAGCAGCAUCCUGGAUGUUGGAUCGGCUGUUGGAAAAGUGUGCCCACAUGUAGGUUAUGGUAUUGGACGGGCAAGAAAAACCUACACAAAAGGCACAAGGUGUGUUGCACCACACACUAAACUCUUCCCUCCUUGGCUAUCACACGAAGUGGGAUGGAAGAGAGAACGCUUUCCAAACAACGCUAGCGACGAUGCCGUACGAUUCACUUGCUCGAGUUUGUGUAGAGAAGCAGCAGCCGCCAGCACACAGUUAGAUCGAUUCGUUUUUGUACAUAUGAUUAACUCUAAUUGUGAAUAAUCCUGAGGAGAAGAAAAGCUAACCGGGAAGAAGAAAAUAAGGAAAAGGGGUGGGAGAGAUAGUAGGAAGGUAAAUGCGCUAAUAGCAAGAAUUAGGGAAAAAAGAACAGACACGAGGAACGAUGAUGGUGAUGAUGAAGUAAGGAGCAGCGAACACACAACACAACAUUCAAAACAAUACAUACUCACAAUGCGAAAUUUA